GCUUUAGCAUUAGUAUACUGUGGUGUGUGCUUAUUACGGUGUGUUGUCAUCUAGCUACAUCGGUGUGUGAUUCUUGUAUGUAGAUGUCAGUGUAUACGGGGGCAAAAAGCCGUCCAUGCAUUGCAUAGAGAAGUUGUAGCUACCGUAGAGCUAUCGGCGUGUCGCUGGAGGAAACGGACUGACGUUAACGUUAUGUCGGCAAAUAAAACAAAGAAAGUCAAAAUGGCUACUAAAUCUUGUCCUGAAUGCGACCAACAGAUUCCAGUUGCGUGCAAGUCCUGCCCUUGUGGUUAUGUGUUUAUAAGCAGAAAACUCCUAAAUGGUAAACUAAAUGAGCGCUCUUCUCCAGCCAUAGCAGACAAGCUGGACUUUAAGCGGAGGAGGACGGAGCGCAUUCGCAGAGAGAGGAUAGACUCCUCUUUAACCAGUGACAUGGAGAACAGGAGAAGGUCCCGGGCCAACAGCCAAUCAGAUCCCAUCAGGAGGGGACGGGGCAGACCAAAAACAGUGGGGCUGAAGAAACAGGAAGAGGAGAAAGAGAAACAAGAGAAGGAAGUGGAUAUUUAUGCCAGUCUUUCUGAUGAGAAGGCCUUUGUGUUUUCUGUGGCCUUGGCUGAGAUCAACCGCAAGAUCCUGGGUCAAAGACUAAUCCUAUAGAUUAAAGCCUGAAUGACUCAGAAAGCCAGAACAGAAAACAAACUAUCAAAUAGCAAGAUGAUGACCAAAGAGGGUAGAAGUGGCCAGAGCUGAACUUUGACCUGGACAUGUUUCACUUGGAUGAUGGGAUGAGAUUCGGAAAAUUGCUGAAGUUCAGACUGGUGUAGAGGGCUUUUCAGCACCUUAGUAAUACACCCACUGCAGACAUGCAAACAUAUGUUCCUGGACUAAAAGCACAAGUAAGGCUUGUGUGUUAUACAUACUGUACAUUGUUUUUGAUGGAACCGGGAGAAAAGAGGCACUGAUGACACCUGUUCUGUAGAUACAUACGUGUAUAAUUGUACACCCAUCCAGCCCAUACUGUUUUCUGAAAUACAAAUCUCAUUAAUCUCAUUGAAAUAAAUGCUGUAAUCCAG